AUGUCAAGUAGUUCAAGUUCAAAGAAGUCAAAAGCCGAGGAUAAACAACCCAAUCUUCGUGAAUUCUUGUUUAAAAGAAUGAAAUCCCAAGGAUCAUUUAACGAAACCAUUGACUCUCCUCCUUCUCCUUUAAGUUCCCCUCCAACUCAAGAUGUUAAUAUGGAAGUAGGUGGUUCAAGUGCUUGUGAUGAACCAUUGGAUGAUGAUUGGGUGUAUGAUGUUGAACUUCUUCCUCAUGACCCGGGAUUGAGAAAAAACAUAAUGGAUUAUCCCCCAUAUGAAAGAAAUCCGAUUAGGAGAGCUUAUAUUCUUAAAAAACCUUGCCAACCAAAAACACAUAUUUUCCCUAAAAAACAAGUAGGUGGUUUACGUCGUUUUAGUGUCAAUUGGUUCAAAAAAUGGGAUUGGCUUGAAUAUAGUGUUGAAAAAGAUGCCGCAUUUUGCUUUGCUUGUUAUUUGUUCAAGAGGGAUGUUGAAAUUUACAAUGGGGGUGAUGCAUUUGUUAAUGGAGGGUUUAAAUGGUGGAAUAAACCGGAUAGAGAUGCAAAAAAGACAUCAAUUGAAGUUGUGUUUGAUAAUGCGAGUCAAGCUCAAAUGGAUUCAUAUCAUAUUCGUUUGAAUGCAUCCUUAACUUGUUUGAGAUUUCUUUUGGGCCAAGGUUUGGCAUUCCGGGGACAUGAUGAAAGUGAGGAGUCAAAUAGUAGGGGUAACUUUCUUGAGCUUUUGAAGUGGUUAGGGGAGAAGGUUGACGAAGUCAAACAACAUACUUUCCAAAAUGGACUCAAAAAUUGUCAAUUGACAUCUCCCAAAAUUCAAAAAGACAUUAUCAAUUGUUAUGCAAAGGAGACUACCAAGCGCAUAAUAGAAAAGGUUGGAGAUGGUUACUUUUCUAUUUUGACCGAUGAAUCAAGUGAUGUGUCUCAAAAAGAACAACUAGCUCUUGUUUUGCGGUUUGUUAAAAGAGAAAGUGGAUCGGUAGUGGAACGCUUUUUAGGCAUUGUACAUGUGGGUGACACUACCGCUUUAUCUCUUAAAGAUGCAAUUUUGUCCUUGCUUAUGGAAUAUUCUUUAAGUCCAUCCAUGAUAAAAGGUCAAGGGUAUGAUGGGGCGAGUAACAUGAGAGGUGAAAUCAAUGGCCUUAAGAAUUUGAUUAUGAAUGAUACUCCAAGAGCCUACUACAUUCAUUGUUUUGCUCAUCAACUACAACUAGCUCUAGUUGCGGUUGCUAAAAAGAAUGAUAGUUGUGGUUGGCUUUUUGAAGUACUUGCAAACUUGUUGAAUGUGGUUGGAGCUUCUUAUAAGAGAAGAGACAUGAUUCGAAAAAAGCAAGCUCAAGUAGUGGCUCAAGCAUUGGAAGUGGGGGAAAUUGAAAGUGGAUCGGGUUUAAAUCAAGAACGUGGUUUGAGUAGGCCGGGAGAUACACGUUGGGGAUCUCAUUACAAGUGUCUAAUAAAUAUCACGAACUUGUUUCCUUCAAUUAUUGAAGUACUUGAGUGGAUUGGAAAACAUGGCACUUGGGACGAUAAGUUCAAAGCUCAAAUUGUUUUGGGAUUUUUGGAGUCAUUCGAUUUUGUUUUUGUAGCUCAUUUGAUGUUGAUUAUCUUUGGCUACACUAAUGAUUUAUGUAUUGCUUUACAAAGAAAGGAACAAGAUAUUGUUAAUGCCAUUAGACUUGUUAGUACUACAAAAAAUGUGUUGCAAAAGAUGAGAGAUGAAGGAUGGGAUAAUCUCUUAAAAAAAGUUAUUACAUUUUGUACUAAACACGAGAUUGAUGUUUCAUCUAUGGAUGCUCAUUAUGUGCCUCAAGGAAGAGGAAGACAUUUUGUUCAACAAGCUACAAAUCUACAUCAUUUUCUGGUUGGAAUCUUUUUGGAAGUAAUUGAUUUGCAUCUUCAAGAGCUUGAUAACCGUUUUAAUGAGAUUAACAUGGAGUUACUUACAUGCAUGGUCUCUCUAAGUCCUCAAGGUAACUUUUCAUCUUUUGAUAAAGAGAAGAUACUUAAACUUGCUUCUUUAUAUCCCGAGGAGUUUUAA